AAUUAUCGAGAUGGUACGAUAUAGUAGUUAAUAAUGCAGCAAAAAAUAAAAAUGAAUUAGCAAUAUUAACAGCAUUCCAGUCUGCUGAUACAAUUAUUCCAACGUUGUCAACUAAAUUGACAAAUUUCCCUAAAG